GGAUAGACAGCGGAGCCUUGAGGGGCCGCCUCUCGCGGCCGCCGAGCGUGGUGACGUAAGGGCGCGUGCGCCGCCCGGCCGCUGGUGGGGGAAGGAAGAUGGCGGCGGGCCGCGGUGGGGGCUCGUGAGGCGGCGGCUUCCGGGGCCCGGAGGGACGAGGCGAGUGGCGAGGCGGCGGGGCGCGGAGUCGGGGAACGAGAGACCGGCUGGACGACUUCCAGAAAUAAGACAGCCAUGGCCACAGAAAUUGGCUCCCCGCCACGAUUUUUCCACAUGCCGAGGUUCCAGCACCAGGCGCCUCGGCAGUUGUUCUACAAAAGACCUGAUUUUGCACAGCAGCAAGCAAUGCAACAGCUUACUUUUGAUGGAAAGCGGAUGAGAAAAGCUGUGAACCGAAAAACCAUAGACUACAAUCCCUCUGUAAUUAAAUAUUUGGAGAAUAGAGUAUGGCAGAGAGACCAGCGAGAUAUGCGAGCAAUCCAGCCUGAUGCAGGGUAUUAUAAUGAUUUGGUCCCUCCUAUAGGAAUGCUGAACAACCCUAUGAAUGCUGUCACAACAAAAUUUGUUCGGACAUCUACUAAUAAAGUAAAAUGCCCAGUGUUUGUUGUUAGGUGGACUCCUGAGGGGAGACGUUUGGUCACUGGUGCAUCUAGUGGAGAGUUCACUUUAUGGAAUGGACUGACUUUCAAUUUUGAAACGAUAUUGCAGGCUCACGACAGCCCUGUAAGGGCUAUGACUUGGUCACACAAUGAUAUGUGGAUGCUGACAGCAGACCACGGGGGAUAUGUGAAAUACUGGCAGUCCAACAUGAACAACGUCAAGAUGUUCCAGGCACAUAAGGAGGCGAUUAGAGAGGCCAGUUUCUCACCCACGGAUAAUAAAUUUGCUACAUGCUCUGACGACGGCACUGUUAGAAUCUGGGACUUUCUACGUUGCCAUGAGGAGAGAAUUCUUCGAGUCUUGCUGAGUGAUAACAACAGGUUCUGACCACUAUUCCUUUCUUGCAGAAGAUGUCAAAGGUACAUAAUAGGAGAAGGGCUGUAGACGUGCAGGUAAACUGCAAAGAAGGUAUUCAGUAAAACUGUGGAUUUUCAGUUUUAGGUGGGAGCGUCUUAAGUGCUUUCCUAAACUAAGGUGGAUUUAUUUAUUUACUUAUUUAUUUUCUUAAAUUGUGCUUCCAACUUGGACCUGCAUUAUGUAUUUUCUGAACUAGAGCUCACCCUAUUUCUCUUGACUCUUAAGCUCUCUUGUGUUACUAAUGCAUUACUUUUAAACACCACUACUUUGCAAAGACACUGGGUUCCAGUGAUCUUGCAGUGAUGAUAUUCUAACAAUCUGUGCAUAGGCAUGAUGGUAGAAGUGUUCUUUGCAGGAGCUGGCAAGCAAGUUUCUAGGCUAUAUCAUUUACACCUGUUAUUCUGGAAGGACCCAAACAGAUUUGGGACUGUUUUGCUUGAUGCUUUACAAGAGAAAUCACUCUGCACUAAACACAUUCUAUACCCUCCUCCAGGUUUGUACAAACUAUUCAUUUAAACCGUGUAGAGGAAACGGAGAUUUCCUCCAUGCAGAGCCUUCAAGAUUAUAAAAAUCCCUCCAAUUCUUCUAUAUUCUUUUCACCUUCUGCAGAAAGUAGGAGUAAAACGUUUAACUUGGGCCGUAGAGAACAGAACUUGUCAUACAUUUCCUUCUGUUACCUUGCUUACUUAAAUGUUACUAUUAUGACUAGAUGUUGAAUUAUGCUUUAUUUUCUUAGUUUAUACAUCUCAGUAUGUAAUUUUUAGUUUACAAAAUAGCUCUAUAAAGAAUAUAUUUGCUUCUGUUUUUUUACCCACAAUACAUUUCAAAAUAUUUCAAACUUAUAUAGAAGAUAAAAAGUUUGUCUCUAGAUAAAAGUGGGCAGGACAGAUUAUUCCUUGUUUCUGCUGUCAGAUAAGGAAAAAAAUCAAAAAAGCAAACCAACCCAAACACCACCACCAAAAAAAUCCCCACAAGAGAACAAAAAUAAUACCCAAACCCCUGAGUAUUGGGAGCGGGAGGAUGUCCUUGCAAAACAUGCAAGUUUGAUUUAAUUUUGGUCCCUAAGCACUACUAUGUAAUAGGAUCAGAAGACUUAUUUGAAAGAACUGUAAGGGUAACACUUCGGUAGCUUUCUUGGUGGAAAAAUACAAGUUUUCGGUUUCUUGUUUGGAAUUUUAGGAAGCUCACCUUCAGCUUUUUGCUUCUCCACAUCCAUCCUGCUUUUACAUGUUUAGGAGUAUGACCUGUAAUGCUUUUGCUUAGUACAGCCUUCAGAUUAUGUAAAUACACAUGCCAUUGCUGUUCCAAUGCUGGUGAUCUCCAAAUUAAAAUGCUGGUGGCGUUUCAUUAAAAAUACAUUUCAUUAUGUACAAAAAAUGUUUACAUCAAAUACCAUGUUAAGGAAUGUUCUUAUUUCCUGCUUUCACAAUUCGUGCUCUUCAGCUGUUCUGAUUAUUAUUGGUGCUGUGAAGUUGAAGACGUUUUACAGUGUAGUUUAGAUCCAAAGGUUCACUUGAUAUGUUAAGGGAUUCUUCAGGUUAUCACACAAUUAUAAAAAUAAAAUGAAAUUAUCAAUUUAUGGCACAUGUAUUCAUAACAAAGAUAAUAAUUCAGGGAUGCAGUAUCAGUAUAUAGUUAUUCUUAGAGAUAUUUUCAGUAACAAGUUAAGGAACACAUUUAAAAACAAAACAGAUUUGAAGACUUUAAUGCUAAGGAAUGCUUUUAAAGUAAAUUAUAAAGAGCAUUAAAGAUACUGGGAUAAAUUGCUGAUAUAUGGAAAUGACAGAAUUCUGUAGACUUGUUACAGGUGCUUAUGUUUACACUGAAUUGAACUAAUGUAAUUUAUUUGAUUAAAUAUUUCCCUUAAAACUGGUCAGAAACAACAAUUCUAGUCUUACCUUCCAAAGAGAAUUAGAAAAACAAAUUGGAACCCGUAACUUACAUAGGGCUCACUAAGGUUUUGGUGGAGUUCUUCCAGCUGUCUAUAUUAGGCGACACCUUUUUUUGGGUAGUUGAACCCAUGAAUACAUGGUGAAUACAUGAGCUUCUUGGGGAACCAUCUUUGAGUAAUUCAUCUUAAAGUGAAUUAUCUUGGAAGAACUUGAAGAUGGGGGAAAUGGCAUUGAGUGUCCUAGUUACUUACCUGCUUGCUUACCCUCAACCCAAUUACUGUCUGGUUUUUCUCUUGAAGUAAAGGUGCUUUACUCUUAAUUCUGCACCAGUAUUUUUUGCCUGUGUUUAUUUCUGGCAUGUUAUCAUCUUGAUGGUCGAAGCAAGUACAGUUUGCACUUGCUAAAGCACACUGGUAGAAAACUAACUGAUGUUAAAAUAAAAAUGGUUUUGUUAAAAGAACAAGACAUAGAAAACAGGCUAUAGUAUAACAAUAUGUUGUUUUCAUGUCGAUAAUCUGUUACUCUACAAGGCAUUUCCAGUAAUGGCACUUAGAACAAAACACUAUCAGGUCUUUAGUCUACAGUUGCACUAAAGUUAAUGCCAAGACUCAUGUAAACAGUCCCCAUUUCUGUAAGAACAUACACACUGAUGGCUUUUAAUAAUGCUAAAAACCUCUGUGGAAAAAAACGUAUGCAGUAAAAGCUUGAUGUCCCUUUAUUUCUAUUCAGAAAUUAAUGUUAUUGCUGAUUUGACUGGUGGCUGUGAAUCUCUGGCUAUUUGGUCUGUGCUCAUGUAUCCCUGAGAACAUUUUGGGCAGAUCACUAGUAAACACAUGAGUUCUUAAUUACUCUCAGCAUGACAUGAUGGGUUAGGAGGCUACAAACACAUUUCAACGUUGUUGGUUCCCUGGUCUGUCCGUCCUUCCUUCUUCCUUUCACAGUGACAUGCGCAAAAUCCAGUAGAAAAAUGUGCUUGGGAGGACUGUAAGGUUUUCAAUCUGAAGUCUAGAUGAGCAUUGUGUGCCCAGGAUUUCAAAAGUUGUCUGCCCUAAAUAGGUCUUUUGGUGAGGAUGACUCUACCCAGCUCUCUGAAGGAUGCUAACCCAAGAUUUGAUACUUUGUAGAUAAGUUUUUCCUAUUUUUUGGAUGUAAAAUACAGUAAUAGACUAAAUGAUCCUCCAGCCAACACGGUAGAUUUGGCAAAAGGUUUUUCUUAUCCUAGCUUGAAAAAUGAAAAGCAGUCAUGAUUCCUUUACAUUCUAUCUGGAUUUAGUAUUUGCCGUUUGUAACAACAUGUAAUUUCUAACUAGUAUGUGAUUUACUCUAAGGAAAGUCUUUUGUCUGUCUUUAAUUACAUUGUUCUGCCUGAAACUUUCCAUUUGGGCAUACCACCAGUGCAAAACUGCAUCAUCUACAAAAUGACAUGUAUGUGUAUAUAUGCAUGCAGAAGUCAAAGCAGUUACGAUAAACUUAGUUUUCAUCUGCUCACAAGUUCUGAAAAAGCAUCUCCACAGCUAGUCAUACUGAAAUAACUACAGUAUUUUUUAUUUAUUCCUUUCUUCCUUCAUCCCUUAUGUUUCUGGAUCUUCAUUAGCAAAUAAAAUACCAUAAAAUGUCUUGUGGUUUAAAUCUAUUGCAUGGUUUCAAUACUCUGCACUUCCUGCCUGAAAGUGGAGGGUCUCUUCAGAGUUUUCAGAGUUUUUGGCAUCCACUUCCUCAGUCAAAUAGCAAAUCCUCUACUUAAAAUUUAGAGAUGAUGUGUUCAGUAGUUAAAAAGAAUCUGAGAGCCAGAACUAACCAAAAUUACAUCUUUAGUUUGGUCUUUCACUUUUAAGCACAAAUUAGUAGCUAGCUCUUAGCCUUUGAAGCAGGUAGCUUUUAAAACUUACCUUUUCCUGGAAUGUAAUUGAACUCUACAUUGGAUAAUUCAAAAUGAAAAAAAAAAUUAAUCCUGACGUUGGUGUUUCCAUCUUUCUUAUCUUUUCGUGAGGUUUUUCUUUUGUUUUCCUAGUCUCAGUAGGGAGGGUAAACUGAGCAAAUUCAAGAUAUAUGUGUGUGUGUAUUGACACUGUUACUUAUAAGGAGACUUAGUGUUUAAACCUUCAGGUUUGUUUGGGGGGGCUUGUUGGUUUGUACUGUUAGGAUUUCAAAUCUGUCUGAUAUGCUUUUAGUCUACUAAAACAUCCCUACAUGUAUAAAUAUUAGAAGGAUUUCUUUCCUCAGAACAAAAGCCCAAGGUGAGAUGAGGCCUGGCUGAUAUUGGCACCAACCAUAUCAAUCUAGAGAAGGAAAGUCCUUGAAUUUUUGAAUUUAAAAAACAUGAGCUGUCUUGAGAUGCUAGUAUUGAAUCAGUUCAAUCUCCUCUUUGUUGGUAGGCUUUAGUAUGCCAGCUUAUCUUGCAGGUCUCUGAUCUCCAUGAAUCUUCAUUGCCACAGCUAAGUUUGGGGUGGGAGAAAGUGAUAAGUUGCAGCUAAGUCUUUUGAGGUACAGUUGCACUCUUAAGUUGCUGUGCAUUAAGAUUUUCAUGUGUUUUAGGUGGAAGAAAUGGUAGGGAACUCACUCAAUGAGAUGUUUAUAGUGACUGUGAGGAUUUUUUUUUUUUUUCUGUACAAACAGUUCAGAUCACCUACACAAUCAGUGAUACAGGAGCCUUUUUCUGCUGUAUGUGUUGUGCCAGCUCUGACUUGCUGCUUUUGGGUUGCAUAGAGGGCUCUCUACACAUUCAUUCACUUUUUCAUCUCGUUAGGAAACCUCUCCAUUGCGUUUAGGAGACAGAGAAAUAUUGUAUACAACUUACAGCUUCAUAAAUGGAAGUUAUCAUGCAAAAUACAUUUUCCUAGCAUCUUUUGCUACACUUUUCUACACUUUGCUACACUACAAAGUUAAGUAACACCAAGGACUUAGGGUGUGAAUACACGUACACCUUCCUGAGCUCAUAAAAUAAACUCACUGCUGCUUGUUAGAGUGGUGGGUGUAACCUACAUUAGAUUAGAAGAAUCCAGUAUCUUCUUGCUUGAGGCUACAAAAAAUGUUCAGGUGUCAUCUUGCAGCUCAGUUUUAUCUCUGAAUAUGACUUUGAAGGCUACAGCAUCUUAAUUUUCUCUGUAUAGGAAACUUUAUUAGAGGUAGACUUUGUUAAAAUAUCUAAUUUGUGUGGAAUGUAAAAUCCAUCUGAAAGUUGAGAUACUUCCUGCUAUCUUGACUUAUCUCGGGUUCCUAUUUGUGGAAUGUGCUGGAUUGGACGAAUUUUAUUUUGAUCAACUAGAAUUGAGGUCCUUGAUUUCUGUCAUUGAAAGUGGUGAUUCGGAGGUAGUUUCAUGAUACCUUUGCUCUGCUCCCUAAAAUAAUGCCACAAGAAUUAGAGGGGUAUUGAUGACUGCUUCUGUAGGUGAUUACAUCUGAUAUGCAUUAAGGUUUAUAUUAAAGUUCAGUUCUGAGCAACAUUAAAAUACAGCAUAAUAAGUGUGAGUUCUGUUUUUCAACUAGAAUCUAGUGUUUUAAAACUCCUGAAGAGUUAAUAAGUAAUAUAUAGAAUUCUGAAAGAAGGAGUAAAAGAAAUUGAGAUGAGCCACAACACCAUGCUGUAAGAAAGUUAUACCAGACUCUUCUUUCAACACUUUUCAUGAGACAAGAAUGAAGAGACACUGUGCAAGAGUGAGAUUAUUUUAGAUUCAGUUCUGAAAUCUUCUCUGAAAAUUGUCCUGAUGCUUAAUUAUAUAAUCUCUCAUGUUGACUCCAAGGGCAAAUUUUACACUAAAAAAAAUCUUCAUGCAAGUUACAUUUGUAAUUCAUCAUCUUUGAUAAAAUCUUAUGUGGACAGAAUCAGACACUUUAAUUAUUUGUUUUUUAUGGAAUCUUUCAUCUGACAUACUCUUUCCUAACAGAGUGCAACUACAGAAAUAAGCUAUUUCAGAAUAAAUGGUAGGAGUCCUCAAAAAAUAAAACUCUCAAUUCCCUGGUGAAAAUAAUCCAUGUCAGUCCUUAGAAACUUACCUUGCGAGCUGUUGACUCCAUUUUUGUUUUGUGUGUGGAUUAAAUGGACCACUUCUCUCCCUGGCCCCCUGCUCCCUUUUUUUUUUAUAUCCUCUAUUUACCAUGCUAAAAGUUUUUGUGCAUCUAAGUAAGCAUAGAGUUUGUGAAGCAUUUGAUAUUUUCUUUUGCAUCAUUUCAACUUCACAUACUCAAAUUAUUUCCUAUUACAGUACAUUUAGCUCAUGAGUGGUAUUCUCGUUUUAGUAGUGAGAAACUACUUUGCAUCAUUUUAUCAUAUGAAUAACAGUGCAGUUCUCAUACUUAAAAUAACCCGGAAUAGGGAGAUGGGGAGAUAGCUUGCAAAUGUCUUCCCUAAAAUAGUGGGGCUUUUUUUCUGUGCUUCUGUACCUGCCUGGCCUUACAUUCUCAUGAGAAAUCUAGUCCUGCUCAUCACAUGUGUUUGUAGGAAGACACAGAGUCAAAAUUGAAACUGGGGAAUGUGCUGAAAUAGGAUUAUAUAGCAAACCAGGUGAAAGGGAUAAAUAAGAAUCCUGGUAAAAAAAACCAACUGGGUGAAUAGUGGCUGAAAGAAGGAUAGCAAAUGGAUGGAAAAUGUGCAGGCUGUGUCAGUAUGAAAAAACCCCCAACUUAAUAAACAGCUUGUACAAGGAUUGAGAAAAGAUAGUGGCAGCGUGAACAAGAUGAGAAUGAGUGGUAGAAACCAGCAAAAGUUACGCCCUGGCAUUGUGGGGAUUAAUCAAGGCAAACUCAGUUGCUGGAGCGAUACGUGAUAGUUGCUUUUCACACCUAAUCCUAGCUCUGAGCUGCUUCAGUUGAGAAUAUAAUCAAGGCAUAUAACAUGCUGUAUGCCUCUGGAAAAAGUGGUUGAUCAUGUUAAGCGUGCAAACAUGUUCUCAAAGUACAGCACCAGAACUUUCCAAGUGACUGAUACUCAUUUCACAGUGAAAAUACAAACUGACAUUUAAUUUUGCUACUUACAGAUAAAGGCUUUUUGUUGAAAACAAAACACUUUUCAAGGGAAGACAUUUUGAUUUUUACUGCCAAAAGUACGUGUGCAUUGUAGGUAAAGGAACUGUCUUGGAAGUUUUAUAAAUUAAAAAGCCUGUAAAAUGACUGGGCUGUUAAGUGUCUUAGCAUCAAAGAAGUACAGCUGUAAGCAUCAGAAGUACAGGUAGAUAGGCGAAAACUAUGAUGACUUUUCAAAAUACUUUUAUCUUAAAAAAUUUUCACAGACUCAGUUUAACAUUUCUUCCAUUGCAGACAGUUUGGAUUACUAUUUGUCAUUAUCAGUGGAAGCAUCUGAUAUCUCUAGUUACACAAAACAUUCGUUUGAGACAUUGCUCUGUCCAUUAAGUUCUGGCUUUUACUGAACAAUUUAAAACACGGGUUAGUUAUGUAUCUUUUCUUAAUUUCCAAUAUUUGCAUAUUGUAUAUAAAUUGAUUUUGCUCCAGCUAAGAUAUGUAGGUAGGUAGCACUAUUCCAGAUAUAACUACAGCCACAAAAAGAAGUGCUUGUGACACUUCAGUAUCAUUUUCUGGUAUAGACAAGGCAAGGAUUGCAAGUAUCUUGCAUAUAUUGUCUUUGAAGACAAAGUUAGUUAUAACUGAUUUUGACCAUUAAUAGAAAUUGUGUGUAGACCUUUUAGCUCAUCAGAAUAAGCUUUUAAAGGAACUUAUAAUGGCUAUUUAGAUACGAGCCUUACCUGAGAAACUGAAAGUUCAUUGUAACAGGACUGGAAUAGGUGCUUCUACCAAGUCCCCAAGAUCUCAGAGGGUAAACUUAAAAUUUCCAUUCAAAAAAGCUGAGGAAUGUGUUCCAUUGGCUGCUUAAAACUUUGAGGAAUAAGAUCUUUUAGUAAAAAGCAAACCCAGCUUCCUAGUGUGUGCUGGGAGAUGCAUAUUCUACCGUAUGUGUAACAGCUUUUUUUUUCUUUGCCUUUUUAUUUAGAAUGAUGGAGCAUGAAAAUAUUUUAAAUGUUAUCUUAAAAUCUUACUUUUUAAAAUUCCAUCACUUUAAAAAUACUUUCAAAGAGUCAUAACACCUGAUAAAUUAGUAGCUUAUCUGUAGCUAUUCUAACUCUUAAACAACAGGUAGAAUUACUUGAUGAAAAUAUGUAGCUCAAAGUCCACCCUAUUAUUACUAUUAUUAUAUAUACGUUAGAGAAAAUAAAGUCUAACUAUUUAUACAUACUUCUACAUUUUAACUUCUCUAUUGCUGAGUUCUUUCUCUCUUCUCCAAGAUCAUCCUAUGCUGCUUUAUUUUUCUCUGUGUGUUAAGAUUUAAGGAAGGAGUAGCUCUGAUAAAUGUUUACUAUCUCGACACUGAGAAUUUGCAUAGGAAGACUAACAUCCUUCCUUGCUUAAAACAAGGCCUAAUGCUCCCUGAGAACUAUUCUUCAUCAGUGGUUGAGGUUCUUCCUGGCUUUAUAAAUAAUCAGUAUACUUGAGGUUUUAAAAAAAAUCUGAGUAUCUUCUUUCAGUUCAGUGAAGAACUGAUUCCCCCUCACCCACCCUCAACUUUCCAUGGGAGAAACUUGUCCUGGGAUGGAGCAGAGAGUUUCAGAUGGAAGUAAAACCUUUGACAAGAGAAUUUUCAUUAUUUUAUUUUUUUUUUUUUUACAUUUGGAGAUACAUAGCACAAAUCGAUCUAAAUGGUACUCACAGGUAAGUAAUUUCACACUUAAGUACAAGUCUAAUGGGAAUCCCCAGAAGUUUGAGUUCAAACUCAGUUAAUGUUCCAGGUAUGUUGCCAGUAGAACUCUAAGUAUUAUAGUAAAUAUAAUACUUAUAGUAAAUAAAAUAUUAACAGUUCUAAAAUGGAAAAUAUCUUUGUUUAGGAACAAAACACAUUUGUAGGAAACACAUUUAAAAUGCCAUUUUUAGUGGGGAAGGUGUUUGGGGUUUGGUUUGGUUUUCAUUUGGGUUUUGGUGUUCGUUUAGCUUUUUUUUUUUUUGCUUGGUUUUGGGUUUUGUUUCUAAGCUGUUCUCUUACUAGUGCAGUAGAAGAACGUGAGUUUUGCUUAAUUUUAGAUAUUGUGCAGUCUCUGGCCUUGGAGGCUUUCAAAAUAAAACUGGUUAAACUCAUGAGAAACCUGCUUUGACCCAAGAACUUUGAGCAGGAGGUUAAACUUCCGUUUGAGAGGGCUUCUGAGGUUCUUUCCAACCUCACUCGUCCUGUGUUCUUAUGAUACUGAAUUUCCCUGUUUUGCCAAAGGGGAAACAAAGGAACAAAAAAUCCUAGUAAUUUAAUGUUUAGUUACCUUUAGUUUUACACCAGCAAGUAUGACAUAAGGAAUUGACUCUUCAAAAGACUAUAGAAAAUGGGUUUUUUAGUUUGUAUUUCUUCCAGCUUUUAACAUGCUGGAGGUAAUGCACACUAUCUAUUUGGAUUAGAAAGUAUCUAUUUGGAUUAGAAAGAUUUCUUAAUGUUUAGUAGAACUUUUUCUAGACAUAAAUGUUUGGCCAUUCCAUAGUGACUAAUAGUUUGUUCAAUUUAAUCAUCACUGAAGUUUAAAUACUUGCUUGGAAUCCUCCUACAAGCAGUGAAAAUUUGUUAUAAAUAAGAUGGAAGAUGAUAGCAUGCUGUCAGUGUCUUCGAACCUCCUGAUUGUGUGGUGAGGUAAAAAGGUAUCUCUAUAUAUAGAGAUAUAUGCAUUUGUUACAUAUGCAUAUAUAAUUUCAGUCAAUGUCUGUAAGUAUACAGCAUUUAUAGCGUUACCCAGUGGCACAUUUUAUGGACUUCAUAUUAGCUUGCUGCUUUCUUAUUUGUUUCAAAAUUAAUGCAGUCCUGAAAUAGAUUGUGCAGGUAGUGUUGCAAAGCUUUAAAGCACGUACGCAAUUAAAGUAGAUUGAAAGUGUUUGCUUUAAGAGAAAAAAGUAAUUUAGGUAACUGCUAAUUAGGAAACUGCUGCUUCCUUAAACUGAAGCAGCCUAGUUUUGUCCAUCUGCUUUCUCAUUACUGUUCUUGAAGGUGCAUUUCCCUAGAUCAUGUCUCUUAAAUUCUCCAAAAGAGCCGUAACUAGGCUUGAUGUGUUUGCAAACAUCAGCCUUUAUGUCUAAAUGAAAUGGCUGUUAGAGAAUACUUUUUCUAUUUCAAGCAAAAGCUGGUCUACAUAGUCUAUUUCAUUGUUCAUGCCUGCACCUAUCCCAAGUCUUGACUGACCAUUAUGUCAAAACCCUAAUUAUUUACAUAAUUUUUAAGUUAAAGCAUAUUAACAGAAGACUGCACAAUAUUAAAUAUAAUUUUGAGACUAAAAUUAUUAUUAAAAAAGAGAGUUGCUUUGUCUUGAAACAUGCUAUCUUUCAAGCACUUUCAAGCACCAAGCCAGAUUUGUUGUGGUGUUUCUACUGCAGAUAAAUUUAGGGAAGAAUUACAUUACGUUUCUAAAUCUGUAGAUAAAAGUCCCCCUUCUGAAUUGUAACUAAUCAGUAGCAAGGAACUAUUGCACAUGGAAAAUGCUAUGGACAGAGUCAAGCACACUUGUAUGUAGCAUAGUUACAAGAUCUAAAAAUUGUUAGCAAGGUGUCCCUUUUUCUACAGGUUGGCCAGGAGUGCAGCUUGAUAUGGUGCAGUGUGUUACUGCUUGCUGUUUGUGCCUGGUCAGGAAAAAUCUUGCCUUUUCUUUACGUCUGCCUUCUGCUUUUUCUUGGCUAUGCAUAGUUUGUAGGCAGAAAUGAAGUUUUAAAUUGGACCAGCUGAUAUAGUUAGACAAAAAGGUUAGGUUUGUUUUGUUUGCUUUGGGUGGGUUGGUUUGUUUGUUUGGGGGGUUUUUGUGUGUGUGUUUGUUUCGUUAUUUAUUUUAUUGGGUUUUUCUUUGUUUUUUAAAGGCCACACAAACCUGCCUUAAGGACACACAAGCUUGCUUAUUUUAGGUCAGCUAAUAUAGUUGGAUAAUGUCUUUUCCCUAGACAUCUCGCUUUAUGCUCUUACAUCCUCAAACAGCAGUGACUCUUUGUUGCUUCCCUAGUAGGAACACCACCUACUUAAUGAAUAUAUAUGGUGUUCUCUCUUUGGCAAUACAUAUAUUCUCAAAAUAAUUAUUCUCUUGGCUAGUUUGCCAAAUCCAGUGAUUAGGAAUAUUGAUAAUGUUGAUGAAUGUGGAUUUCUGUGGAUUGCCAUUCUCCUUUUGGAAGUCCCUGUUCUCCAGAGACUUACAAGUAAGCAUAUGGUGUUAAGACUAGGAACAUAAAAAGCUAAAUUCACUCAAGACAAUUCUUUUAUUAAAUUGGUUUAUACUCUGCAGUUGUAUUCUGGAGAUCUUUGGGCAAAGGUAGGUUCUGUCUCACAUUAUUCCCAGCCUACCAGGAAUAUCCUUUGCUU